GAAACUUCUCUGACUGGCAUUCAAAUGUGUCACUCUAACAUUAAAUUACACUUUUUUAUAUAAAAAACUGUUAGAAAAGCUUAUUACAUCACUAACAAUAGGCCCCAAUUUCAAAGUUGUUUUUGUCUAUCUUAGUUUGUUCCCUAAAAAAAAUUUGGAAUUUUUAAUCACAGGAAGUUAAUGAAUAUUACAUAUCUGCAAAAGUUAUAAUUUUAAUCAUUACGUUCUACCUCUCCCCUCCCUUUCACACUUUGACCUUUUUGACAAAAAAUAUACAAAAUAUGUGCAUAAGAUACAUAGAAGUCUGUGUAAAAUUUCACCUUGACGCCUUAGAAUAUUAAUAAGAAUCUUUUUUUAUGGUACUUUUUGUAUGCCAAAAUGAAAAAUGGCAUAUGGAAAUUGGCAUUGUUUUCACUUGAAUCCGUGGUUAAUGACGUUACCUACUCUUGCAACAGCCCGUAUUUCAAACAUUUUUAUAUCUUUUAAGUAAAUUGAUAAAUUGUUAAUUUGAAAACAUUCAUUUCAAUUAAAUUCCAGUACAUGUAUUCUUAUAAUUUUUAACACCAGUAAAUUCAAAAUUUUAAUGUUAACACUUAACAGAAAUGUAUUAAUGAUGGAAAAGCAAAACCUGUUUAAAUUUUUAGAACUUUGCCAUUUCUUACUAUUUUUAUCAGAUAUCUGGAUUUUCCCAUUAAGAGUUGUUCUUCAGACUUUCAUCAAUGCAUCAUUAAGCUUCAAGGAUAAAUUCUACCAUCCCACAGUUAAAAAAGAUUCAAACAAAAUAUUCAAUAACACAUUUUUUUAAUUAUAACAACACAAACUUUACUCCUACCACUUCUAUGCAAUUAUAAUUUUAAAUUUAUACAAUUAUUAUGUUAAUAACUGGUUAUGAGAUAGAAACUGUUUAUUAUAAUUUUAACUAUAAUGCAUUUAAAGCAUAUUAAUUUAUAUUUCAUGCAGUGUACUGCAAUCUCUUAUCAAAAGCUAACAAAUCAAUUAGCAUAGGUGAUCUUUGUGAUUAAAAAAAUCAAUUCAGUAAGCUAAUCCAUUUAUUCAUUAUAAUUAAAUACUAUACGUUCAUUGCAACUAAAGAACAGGCAUUAAAAACAUCAAUUAAACAUAAAUUACACACUACACUUAUUUUUCAAUUUAGAAAACAUGAUAUUACAUUUCACGAUGCUCUUUGCUUUAACACAACUAGCGGCUAGUCAAAAUCCAGCGCCAUGUCCCGACAUAUUUUCAUAUGAACCAAGAGAAGAUGGAAGUGAUAGGUGGUAUGGGAAAAUUCAGUAUUCAGCAACUAACAACUUAACAGGAAUUUGGCUCCAAAUACUUCUUGACAAACCAGCAGAUAUAUUAGGGAAUUGGUUCGGGCAAAUAACUACUUGCGACAACACAGCAUAUGUUAUUCGAAAACCAGGGUACGUGUUACAAGUUGGUCAGUACCUUUCUCUACGUUUUUUUGUCAAAUUUAACCUAGCUAAGCCAAUACCUAGCCUUAUGGCAAUAAAAUUAAAUGGAAAUGACAUUUGUGCUGAACAGACAAACAAACCAAACAAUGUUGAUAGUGAGCUGGUAGACAACGAUCAAGUCGUCAAACUGACCAGUAUGCCUUCCAGUAACGCAAGACUUACGGUUGAAUUCUCAACAACUGAUUUAUUAGACGAAGCGAUACCAAGUUGUGGAAUCUCAGCUUCUAGAGCUUUUCCGUUAAUAUACGAAGGUCAAGAAACAUCACCUGGGCAGUGGCCUUGGCACGCAGCCUUGUACCAUCACGAAUCUUUCGAAGUUAAGUAUUCUUGCGGGGCCACACUUAUAACGCGGCAGCAUGUCGUCACUGCUGCACAUUGCGUCAGCGAUAUCGGCACCAAAACUGUCAAGGAUGUAAGCGAUAUCUCAAUCGGUCUAGGCAAAUAUGACUUGAAAACAUAUGAAGAAAACUUUCAGCAUGUGGGAUUGUUAAAUAUAUUCGUACAUCCGAAAUAUAACCCUUGGAAAUCAUACAACGAUAUAGCAGUCUUAAAGCUGUCUAGCCCGGUGCAAAUCACAGAUUAUGUACGACCAUCUUGUCUAUGGGACGGAGAUUCCAAUUUGGAGAAUAUUAUUGGUAGAGAAGGUAUGGUUGUGGGAUGGGGUCUCAAUGAGAACUAUUCACAUAGGUUGACGCAAGCCGCGAUGCCAAUUGUGUCCACUAGAGACUGCAUUUCCUCAAAAAAAGAGUUCAGGGAGUUCCUGAACGAAAAUAAUUUCUGUGCUGGAGAUAGAAAGGGUAACGAUUUCUAAUGAUUCUCAUGAUAUAUCAUGACGACUUUUUUAGGGUCUGCAGCAUGUAGAGGCGACUCAGGUGGCGGAAUGGUU